UGUGUUUGGUCAGGGACUACCAAGGGCCGAUGACUACAGAUGACUCACGCAAGCGGGCCAUCUCCAAGACCCUGUCGGAGUACAUGUUGUACCUGUUGAUCAAACAGCCGGAGACGGCCAGGACGGGCAUCUGGCUGAUGCGGUACCAGGACACGGUCGCGGAGGCACGGAGGUUCUUCGCCUCCAUGGCGGCAUGGAACCCUAGCCCUAGGGAUGCGCGGUUGAUGCUGCUAAGCGUGAACACGUCGGAGAAGCCAUCGGUGGUGAAGGCCGACGAGAGUUUGUCGGUGUUGUUCGACGCGGUCAUACUGGCCAAGGCACUGAGAGAGCUGUACGAGGAUGUCAUGUGGGACAUAGUGGCCGGGGUCUGGAUGGAGAUGUUGCUAUAUGCAGCACGCAAAUGCCCGGGCAGCACACAUGUGCAGCAGCUCAAUCACGGUGGUGAGCUCAUCACCGUCAUCUGGCUCCUUAUGGAGCACAUGGGCUUGGGCGACAUGUACAAUAUCGAGAAGAUGGACACGGUCGCUAAGAUCAUAGUCCAUGACCAUUAAAAGUACUAGCACUGUAUUCUCGGGAAAUCUUUUUGGUGAGGUUCUUAUAUAUAUUUGGUGAGGUUCUUAUAUAUAAUAUAUUACACUCAUUAUAAGUAGCACCUUUAUACCCCCAUAUUCUCUCUGAUAUUGCAUGAAAUUAGUGUUGCUAGCCACAAAUACAUAUGAAAUGUAGUCCAUUUUGCACUAUAUGUAUGUUUGUAUUUUGUGCCAUGUUUGAUUUUCACAGUGUAUGAUUUGGACCAAAAACAAGGCAUAUAUGAUUGACAAUGUGGUUUAUAUGUGCGCGCCAUUUCUUUCCCGUCA